AUGGCCGUUAAAGGUUUGGGUCAACCUGACAAAAAGUAUGAUGGUACUGGCAUCAAGGUUUGUAUUGUACACGCCAGAUGGAACAGACAGGUCAUCGAUGCGCUUGUCAAAGGUGCUAUUGACAAAAUGCUAAGUCUGGGUGUUAAAGAAGAAGACAUUUUUGUCGAGACUGUUCCUGGAUCGUUCGAACUUCCUUUUGCUACGAAAAAGCUGUGUGAAAACGGUAAGUUUAACGUGGUCAUUCCUAUUGGCGUGUUAAUCAAAGGCAGUACCAUGCAUUUCGAGUAUAUCUCUGACGCCACGACUCAGGCUUUGAUGCGUCUUCAGGAAUCAAUUAACAUUCCUGUAAUUUUCGGCUUGCUAACCUGUUUGACCGAAGAACAAGCCCUGGCCAGAGCGGGAUUGGACGAGGCCAAAUCAAUGCACAACCAUGGCGAAGACUGGGGUGCCGCAGCCGUCGAGAUGGCUGUGAAGUUUUAG